AUGGGUGAACCAACUGUUGUUGUUCUGCACAACGAAGAUGGCGAUCAGAGCAGCCAGGACACGGAGCAAACUCAUCAAGACAGCCUCUACAAGUAUAUCAGCUGGGAGGAUCCCCUUCGUACGCUGGGUACAUACUUCGCUGCUCUUGGCGUUCUAUUUGGAGCGCACUAUUUGCCUCUCACUCAAUGGGCGCUCAAGGCUGGAAUGACUACUCUUGGAGUUGUUUCUGUUACGGAGUUCGCUAGCCGAUCAUUCAGCUCCGAUUCGUUGUCCACCCGUCUCCGGCCCAAGGAGUACAAGACUUUCAACGAGUCUACCCUCAAUGCCACAUUAAAGGACAUUCAUGAUCUCAUUCAGUCUGGUGCAAUUCAAGCUCAAAGAAUUCUCUACGGUCAAGACCUCGAGAAAGCCUUCGCUGCUUUCAUCGGCUUCACCGCCUUGUACGGACUCAUGCAGGUUCUCGCUCCGUUUUGGCUGGCUGUCUUGGCUUUGACCUCCGUUUUCAUUGCGCCUCUCGUCAACUCGCCUCAAGGUCGUAAGGCAGCCCAGGAUGCUACUGUGCGUGCUCAAGAGCUCGCCAACACGACGGCGGAAAAGGGCAAGGAACUUGCCAAGAACGGCCAAGUUAAGGCUUCUGAGCUAUCUUCAAAGGCGCAGCAGGCUGCGUACGAUGCUGGAAACACAGUUUCGAAUACGGCGCAGAGUGGAAAGCAAGCCGCGGUCGAUCUUUCAACAAAAGCAAGGAACACUGCCUCCGAUUUGUCUGGAACUGCGGCCGAUAAGGCCAGAAACACCGGAACGUCUCUUUCGAAUACUGCUCAAAAUGGAAAGCAAACAGCAGCCGACUUGUCAUCCAAGGCUAGGGAUACCGCCUCUGAUCUUUCUGGAGCUGCCGUCGACAAUACCAAGAACGCCGGAGCCAACAUCUCGAACGCAACUAAGAGUGGAAAGAACACUGCGGCUGAUUUGUCCUCAAAGGUCAGAGGCAACGCCUCUGAUGCGUCCGGAUACGCUGCCGAGAAUGCAAGGAACUUGCCGCAGGCGGGUUCGAACGCUAUCAACAAUGCUCAGGUUCGUCCCACAAUGCCGCCAGAACUUCCGGCGAUAACCAUCCCCGAGAGCAACCCGCAUAUGGCACCGACGGACUAG